UGGUGUUUUUUUCAAUACCCACAACACAAAAAAACCAUUCUCCAUCACCCAAAAAAAAAAAAACACUUUUCUUUGUUUUUGUUUGCCAUAUUGAAAAGCUCGUGAAAAUGGAGAUAGAAUCUGUGAGGUGUGAGUGUUGUGGGUUGAUGGAAGAUUGCACACAAGACUACAUUAGUGAGGUCAAAUCUAACUUCGACAACAAAUGGCUAUGUGGUCUUUGCUCCGAGGCCGUGAGGGAUGAGGUGAGUCGCCGGAAGAUGACCACCGUCGAUGAAGCUGUUAAGGCACACGUGUCUUUUUGUGGAAAUUUCAAGAAAGAUAACCCGGCGGUUCAUGUCGCCGAUGGUAUGAGGCAGAUGCUACGGAGGAGGUCCGGUGACUUGACGACUUCCUCUGCGUCCAAGAAGUUUGGUAGAUCUAACACCACCAAGUUGUACUGAUCCAAUUUUUUUUUAUAUUUUCGCUAAUUAAUUUUAUGUAUAAUAUUUGAUGCUACUUUGUAUCGUUUUGUUUAAUGUCAUAAAUCAUAAAAUGAUGGUCGGUGAUGCUAUAACUACUAAUCAAUUAAUUUUCAUAAA